AAGCGAGAGAAAAGCGGGGGUACAAGAUGCAGCUGGCCGCGGUGCUGUGGGGAGCCCUGGUAACUUUACUGCUCAACCAGACUCCAGGCAUUCAGGGCAGCGCUGAGUGUUCGUGUGGGAGGAAUCACUUCACGUGUGCGGUCAGUGCGUUCGGGGAGUGUACCUGCAUCCCGGCCCAGUGGCAGUGCGACGGAGACAACGACUGCGGGGACCACAGCGACGAGGACGGAUGCAUGCUCCCCACCUGUUCGCCGCUGGACUUCCACUGCGACAACGGCAAAUGUAUCCGUCGCUCCUGGGUGUGUGACGGAGACAACGACUGUGAGGACGACUCUGACGAACAAGACUGUCCUCCCAGGGAGUGUGAGGAGGAUGAGUUUCACUGCCAGAAUGGCUACUGUAUUCGCAGCCUCUGGCACUGCGACGGCGACAAUGACUGCGGGGACAACAGUGAUGAACAGUGUGACAUGCGUAAAUGUUCGGACAAGGAGUUCCGCUGCACGGACGGCAGCUGCAUCGCCGAGCACUGGUACUGUGACGGAGACACGGACUGCAAAGAUGGAUCGGAUGAGGAAAACUGCCCCUCAGAUGUGAUGACGGCCACCUGCAGCGUGGAGGAGUUCCAGUGUGCGUACGGGCGCUGCAUCCUGGACAUCUACCACUGCGAUGGAGACGACGACUGUGGAGACUGGUCGGAUGAGUCGGACUGUUCCUCCCACCAGCCCUGCAGAUCAGUUGAAUUCAUGUGCAGCAGUGGGAUGUGCAUCAACGCCGGCUGGAGGUGUGACGGCGAGUAUGACUGUGACGACCAAUCAGACGAGAAGAACUGCACUACGUCCAUGUGCACGGCUGACCAGUUCCGCUGUGGUACCGGACGCUGCGUCCGGUUGUCAUGGAGAUGCGAUGGCGAGGAUGACUGCUCGGACCGCAGCGAUGAAGAGGGCUGUGAGAAAACGGAAAGUCCUCCCUGUGCUCCCGAUCAGUUCCAGUGUGGGAACGGCCGCUGUAUCGGUCAGAGGAAGGUGUGUAAUGAGGCCAAUGACUGCGGAGACGGGACCGACGAGCUGCCGCACCACGACUGCCGUCCGCGCUCCAACGAGGGCAACUGUAACCAGAAUAACGGAGGCUGCUCCCAGAAGUGUCAGAUGGUCAGAGGACUGGUCCAGUGCACCUGUCACACUGGAUACCGACUGAUGGACGACGGCAAAGCCUGCCAGGAUGUGGACGAGUGUGCCGAAGAAGGCUACUGCAGCCAGGGCUGUACCAACACGCAGGGGGGGUUCCAGUGCUGGUGCGUCCAGGGGUAUGAGCUCCGACCUGACAAGCGCAGCUGCAAAGCUCUGGGUCCAGAGCCGGUCCUGCUGUUCGCCAACCGCAUCGACAUCCGUCAGGUUUUGCCGCAUCGCUCCGAGUACACGCUGCUGUUAAACAACCUGGAGAACGCCAUCGCCCUGGACUUCCACCACAGCCGCGAGCUGGUCUUCUGGUCAGACGUGACACUGGACCGCAUCAUGAAGGCCAACCUCAACGGCUCCAAUGUAGAGGAGGUGGUCUCCACCGGUCUGGAGAGCCCAGGUGGACUGGCCAUAGACUGGAUACAUGACAAGUUGUACUGGACAGACUCAGGGACGUCCCGCAUCGAGGUGGCCAACCUGGACGGAACGCACCGCAAAGUGCUGCUGUGGCAGAACAUGGAGAAGCCCCGAGCCAUCGCACUGCACCCCAUAGAGGGGAAGAUCUACUGGACGGACUGGGGCAACACGCCUCGCAUCGAGUACGCCAACAUGGACGGCUCCAACCGGCGGGUGAUCGCAGACACACACCUGUUCUGGCCCAACGGCCUCACUAUCGACUACGCCGGACGCCGCAUGUACUGGGUGGACGCCAAGCACCACGUCAUCGAGAGGGCUGACCUGGAUGGACGCAACCGCAAAGCCGUCAUCAGCCAAGGCCUGCCCCACCCAUUUGCCAUCACAGUAUUUGAGGACAGCCUCUACUGGACCGACUGGCACACCAAGAGCAUCAACAGCGCCAACAAAUUCACAGGCAAGAACCAGGAGAUCAUUCGCAACAAGCUGCACUUCCCCAUGGACAUCCACACGCUGCACCCCCAGAGGCAGCCCGCAGGUCGGAACCGCUGUGGCACCAACAACGGAGGCUGCAGCCACCUGUGUCUCCCCAGCAACAAGACGUACACCUGUGCCUGUCCCACCGGCUUCAAGAAGGUGGACCAAUACAACUGCGCCAACGGUCUUGACAAGUUCCUGCUUUUUGCCCGAAGGACGGACAUCCGACGAGUCAGCUUUGAUACAGAGGACAUGUCCGAUGAUGUCAUCCCUCUGGCUGACGUGCGCAAUGCCGUGGCGCUGGACUGGGACGCCAAAGACGGCUACAUCUACUGGACGGACGUCACCACCGACUCUAUCAACAGAGCGCUGUGGAACGGCGCCAAGCAGGAGGUGGUGGUGGACACCAGUCUGGAGAGCCCGGCAGGUUUGGCGAUUGACUGGGUGACCAGCAAGCUCUACUGGACUGAUGCUGGAACAGAUCGUAUUGAAGUUUCUAACGCUGACGGGAGCAUGCGGACCGUCCUGAUCUGGGAGAACCUGGACCGGCCCAGGGACAUUGUCGUCGACCCGAUCGGAGGUUUCAUGUACUGGACCGACUGGGGUGCCAACCCGAAGAUCGAGCGUGCGGGAAUGGACGCCUCCAGUCGCAUAGUCAUCAUCUCAUCCAAUCUGACUUGGCCCAACGGGCUGGCUAUUGACUACCAGACCAAACGCCUGUACUGGGCCGAUGCUGGCAUGAAGACUAUUGAAUUUGGCAACUUUGAUGGUUCUGACCGACAGGUUUUGAUUGGCAGCCAGCUGCCUCACCCCUUCGGCCUGACUGUGCACGAGGACAAGCUGUACUGGACAGACUGGCAGUCCAAGAGCAUCCAGAGCGCUGACAAGCUCACCGGCUUGGGUCGGCACACACUGGCCGAAAACCUGGAGAACCUCAUGGACAUUCACAUGUUCCACCGACACCGCGAGACAGUGCGUAACCCUUGUGCGGUGAAUAAUGGAGGCUGCAGCCACCUCUGUCUGCUGGCUCCUGCUCCCAAAGCCUCCAGCUGUGCCUGUCCCACUGGGAUCAACCUGCAGACGGAUGGAAAGACCUGCACGCCUGGAAUGAACAGCUUCCUGAUCUUUGCACGGAGGACGGACAUCAGGAUGGUUUCUCUGGAUAUCCCCUACUUCGCUGAUGUGGUUCUGGCUGUUAAUAGCUCCAUGAAAAAUACCAUCGCCAUCGGUGUCGACCCCAAAGAAGCAAAAGUGUAUUGGUCUGACAGUACACUGAAGAAGAUCAGCAGAGCCAACAUCAAUGGAACAGCACAUGAAGACAUCAUAUCUACAGGGUUGGUGACAACUGACGGUCUGGCGGUGGACGCUCGUGGCAGGAAGAUCUACUGGACAGACACGGGAACCAACCGCAUUGAGGUUGCCAACCUGGACGGCUCCAUGAGGAAAGUUCUCGUCUGGCAGAACCUGGACAGCCCUCGAGCCAUCGCUCUCUACCAUGAGAUGGGUUAUAUGUACUGGACGGACUGGGGAGAGCACGCUAAGCUGGAGCGUUCGGCGAUGGAUGGAUCAGACCGCGUGGUCCUCAUCAGUAACAACUUGGGCUGGCCCAACGGCCUGGCCAUCGACAUGGCCGGCUCACAGCUACUGUGGGCUGACGCUCACACAGAGGGUAUUGAGGCGUCUGACCUGAACGGGCAGAAUCGCCGCACCCUCGUGACUCCAGUCCAGCACCCGUACGGUUUAACCCUGCUGGGGUCCCAUAUCUACUGGACCGACUGGCAGAGCCGCAGCAUCCAGCGAGCCGACAAGAACACUGGGGCCAACACUAUCACAGUGCGGGCCAACCUGCCAGGCCUGAUGGACAUCCAGGCUGUAGACAGGGAGAAACCACUGGGUUUUAAUAAGUGUGGCAGGAGGAACGGGGGCUGCACCCACCUGUGCCUGCCUCGUCCCAAUGGCACGUCCUGCGCCUGUCCCACCGGCAUCUUGCUCAAGGGAGACGGCAGGUCAUGUGACGACUCCCCGGAGACGUACCUGCUCUUCUCCAACCGUGUCAGUGUGCGCAGAAUCUCCCUGGACACCAACGACCACACUGACGUGCACGUACCGGUGCCCGAGCUGCACAAUGUCAUAUCACUGGACUACGACAGCGUAGACGGAAAACUUUACUACACUGAUGUCACCCUCGACGUUAUCAGGCGUGCAAACCUAGACGGCACCGACAUGGAGACGGUGAUCAGUCAGGGCCUGAAGACCACGGAUGGGCUGGCUGUAGACUGGGUGGCCAGAAACAUGUACUGGACCGACACGGGACGCAACACCAUCGAGGUGGCCCGCCUGGAUGGAACGAGCCGCAAGGUCCUGGUGAACAACAGUUUGGAUGAACCCAGAGCCAUCGCAGUGUUCCCGAGCAAAGGGUUCCUGUUCUGGACCGACUGGGGUCACAUCGCAAAGAUUGAACGAUCUCACUUGGACGGCUCGGACCGAAAGGUCCUGAUCAAUACGGACCUAGGCUGGCCCAAUGGUCUCACGCUAGACUACGACACACGAAGGAUCUUCUGGGUUGACGCCCACUUGGACAGGAUCGAGAGUUCGGACCUAAACGGGAAACUGCGUCAGGUCCUUGUCAGCCCGGUGUCCCACCCGUUCGCCCUCACGCAGCAAGACCGCUGGAUCUACUGGACGGACUGGCAGACUAAGUCCAUCCAGCGGGUGGACAAACACACCGGCCGUAACAAGGAAACGGUGCUGGCCAACGUGGAGGGCCUCAUGGACAUUAUAGUGGUAUCGCCUCACAGACAGACGGGGACCAACCUCUGUGGCGUGAAUAAUGGCGGCUGCACUCACCUCUGCUUCGCAAAGACCAACAGUUUUGUGUGUGCCUGCCCCGAUGAACCAGACGAGCGACCCUGCUCCACCAUUUCAGGUUACAUCCCUACCUCUCCUGCCAAAGGAACCAGCAGCACUCCUGUCCCCAACAAGAUCCCUAAAGCUCCAACAGACGCUCCGCACAGAGGACCCUCACUGGUCAACUGCACUGACAAGAACCUGAGUGUAGAAGGCUGCUCGAGCAACGUGGUGACGGCUCCUCAUGGUGAAGGCCUCCAUAUCAGCUACGUGAUCGGUGGAGUUCUGACCAUCCUGGCUAUUCUGAUCCUCAUCGCUGCUUUGAUCAUUUACAGACAUAAAAAGUCAAAGUUCGCUGACCCAGGAGUGAGCAACCUGACCUACAGUAACCCCUCCUACCGGACAUCCACGCAAGAGGUGAAGAUCGAGGCGUCGCAGAAGCCUCCAAUAUACAACCAGCUUCGAUAUAAGAAAGAGGGGGGAGUGGACGGAGGCUACACCAAGGAAAAGAUCCGCAUUGUGGAAGGCGUGUGUCUCCUGUCCAAUGAGGAGCUUUACUGGGACGACCUAAAACAGAUCAAGCCGUCCAGAGGAGGCCUGCACACCUGCAUGCGCACAGACACCGUGUCCCUGCAGGCCAGCAGUGCUUCGCUAGAUGAUGGCGAGACGGAGCAGCUCCUCCAGGAGGAGGCGUCCGAAUGCUCUUCCAUAACCACCCUGACUCCUUCAGCCAUCACCCCGCAGCGUCACGCCCAGCACAGCCUGCCCGACACUGGCUGGACCUCCACACGCAAGCCCUCUACCGAGAGCGAAGUGUGA